CUCCUCUCAGUCUGACAGCCAGUCCGCUCGCUGGGUUGGUUCGCAGAUAUCAGCUGGUCCGCGGACACCUCGAAGCCCGCUUAUUGGCGCUCAGCACCGGACGAUUCAGAAGAAGAGGAAGAAAAACAAAUAUCUGCACAGUUGACACAUCGGCUGGAGCCCAUGAGGGAGGCAUUUCCAACAACAUCAGCUUCACAGAAGUAGAUGAGUUGGGGAAUCUGCUGAGAGAUCCUGUUGAAGUACUGAUGGUUAAUGGCGGCCACUUGCGCACAAACAUCAAGGCAAAGCAUCUCAUCAUGGCAACCUCCCGCCUCCUGAAUGUGUUUCUCGAUCCUUCCUGUAGCGGGUGUAGUCUCUGAAGGCGUGACCAGACCAGGACAAGCUGUGACACUAAAUAAAUCAUCAAACCAUGUAGAGCACCUUUCUCCAAGGAGGGGGGAGGGUCUACAGCUAAUCUGAUUUGUAUUUUAUCCAUUUGUAUCUAUGUGAUCUGGAACACAUUGCCUUCAUUAGUGUGAAGCGUUUAUGUGGGAGUGGACAGAACGUGUGAGCUGAGGAGAAAGCGAAAAAGAGUAACCGAGAGCGAGAACGAAGACAAGCGAUGGUCCUGCACACCACCCCUUUCUCCAGUGCCUGUCUGCACUUCCUGGAUGGAUUGUCAUGGAGCCUGGUCUUCCCUUGCUACUGCCUGCUGGACCGGCUCUUGGCCUCCUGCGUAGCCACGUCGCUGGAGAAGCGCCAGCGCUCCCAGGACCCCUGCUCCUUCCUCACGCUGUGCGUCCUGCUGUCUGCACCCCUGUACCUGCUCCUCCUCGUCGCCUCCCUGCCUUUCGCCCUGCUGGGUUUCAUCAUCUGGGCUCCCCUGCAGGCUGUCCGCCAACCCUACCUAUACACCUACCGCAGACUAGACAAAACCCAGGCCGAACUGGCAGAUCCAGGCGGUGUAGGAACCGGGGAAUGGAGGUCGCUGGGCAGGAGCUUCUGCUUCUGCAGUGCAAACGUUUGCCUGCUGCCUGACUCUCUGGCUAGAUUUAACAACCUGUCAGACACCCACAGGAGAGCACGCGAGCUGGGGAAGAGAAUCUGCAAUGGUGCUAGUCGGCCUCAGAUCAAAAUCUACAUCGACUCACCUACCAACACUUCCAUAAGUGCGGCAUCCUUCAGCAGCCUUGCUACAGGUUUCCGUCGUACCUCCUCCCUGGACCAGCGUCCUGACCAAACACACACCACCAAUGGCCCAGCCGACACUGAAACCGAACCCCUCACCGAGUGCCCAAUCCACUCCUCAGGUGCCACGGACUGCCCCAUUCACCCUGCUCCCAGAGAGCAAGGCUCCUCCGAAUGCGCGCUUCACUCAGAUGGAGCAGACACUGCGGCAGAUUGCCCCCUCCACUCUGCGAGUGCGAACAACAACUCAGAAUGUCCUGUUCACACCUCAGGGGAGUCUCCAGACUGUCCAAUGCAUUCCACGAGCCCACAGGGUGACUCUAGCCACCAUGACUGCCCCAUACAUUGUGAAGGAGUCCAGUCAAAAUCCUCCACAGACUGCCCAUUUCAUGCUUCAGGGGUUCAAAUCAGCAUCAGUGCUCCAGAGCCCGACCCCCAGGAGGAAGAGGUGGAAACAGGAAACCAUCGGCCUGGGGAGCAGGCAGGAGUGGACACGGGCAGCAUGACCGCCUCUAGGGAGUCCCUCGCCCGAUACCAUGGAGGUGACAGUGGUAUAGGGAUAUCCUGCAAUAAUACUCUUUCUCACGUCCCUCGCACUUCAGUUUUUAAGCGCACGGGAAGAAAACGCCGCCAUGGAGACGAAACAUUUGAUCAUGAGAUCUCUGCCUUUUUUCCUGCCAACUUGGAUUUCCUUGCCCUACAGGAAGUCUUUGACCAUGGAUCAACGAGCAGACUGCGGAGGCAGUUGCAUCGUUACUUCCCCUACGUGUUGAGUGACGUUGGGUGGUACGGUUGGAGAGGCUGCUGCUCCAGGUUUAAAUUCCUGAACAGUGGGCUGAUGCUUGCCAGCCGCUAUCCAAUCCUGGAUGCAAAGUAUGAAUGCUUCCCUAACGGUAGAGGGGAGGACGCACUGGCAGCUAAGGGAGUGCUGUUCACCAAGGUUCAUGUCGGCACCUCCCAUCAGGAGCAGAGGGUCGUUGGAUACAUCGCGUGCACGCACCUCCACGCUAUAGAAGGCGACUCCUCUGUACGAUGUGAGCAGCUGGACCUCCUGCUUCAGUGGGGGGCGGAGUUUCGCCAAUCGUCAUCACAGUCGCCCGAAGGAGAGAAGGUGCUGGAAGACCUGGUGGCCUUUGACGUCAUCUUGGGAGACCUCAAUUUUGACAACUGCUCCUCAGAGGACAAGCUUGAGCAGCAGCACGCACUUUUUACUCAAUACAAGGACCCGUGUCGCCUGGGACCAGGAGAGGACAAACCAUGGGCUCUGGGAACUCUGCUGGAUCCUAGUGGCCUUUACGACGAUGAGGUCAGCUCACCUGAAAGUUUGCAAAAAGUGAUGGAGAACGAGGAAGGCAGGAAAGAGUACCUGGUGUUUCCUCCCAGUAAGAACCAGUGUCCAGCCAACAGUCAGAAGGGAAGGAAGAUCCCCCUGAAGGGCAACGGACGCAGGAUUGACUACAUGCUGUACAGCGAUGAGGGGCUGCAGCAGGACUGGAAACUGGAGCUCGAGGAGUACAGCUUCGUCACCCAGCUGGCUGGCCUGACCGACCACCUGUCUGUGGCCAUGAGACUGGCUGUUUCCACCGGAGAGGAGGAGCAUUAGACGGAUCACCUGAGCUGGUUUUCUUUUUGUUUUGGUCCUUUUUAAAUACUGCCAUGGAUGAAUGGCAGACGAGCUGCAAAACGAGAAGAGUAACUGCUUGAGAGAAACAAAAUGCUGUUCUGGGGGAUUAAAGGGAUGGAGAACAGAUGGAUCGGUAGAAGAGCGCUUGGGUGAAUGGAUAUGAAGAAAGCAGACAGCAUGGAAUAAAAGCUGAAGACAGAGACAAGCAGCGAUUCUGGAAACCAGACACAAGUCAGGCUAGGACUGACUGAGGCCUGGCCUCCAUCACUCACUGUUGAACUAAAUCCAGAAGGUUUUAUAGAGUUUAUUUGUUCAACAUACUGUAGCCAAUUCAACACACUCCAUUUGUUGGUUCUGGUUUAGUUGUAGUGUAAGUAGGAUUUUCAUUUUUUUUUCAUUAUUCUACCUUCAGGGACAAAGAAAACGUGGGUUGAGAGUGAAAUGUGCGGCUGACGACUGACCAUUUGUGUCCUUGUGUUGUGUUCCUUCCUGAAACGUCAUUGGUCAGUUCUUCUGUCAGUCAUUCCCCUUACCAACCCCCCAUCCAUCCCAGGAGCCUCAACAAGUGUCUUUGUCUUUCUAAAAUGAGAAAAAUAAUAUAAUGAUAUGACUUUAUUGUUUUAUUGAUUGCCACACCAAUUUUUAUAGGACGUUUAAUGAUUGUUUAAACCUAUAGUGUAUCUUUUUAAGACUAGGUUUUGUAUAAAGGACUGAAACCGAGGAGGAACGUUGAUGCAUGAAUGCCAUGUUAAAAUUGGAAAGCUGAAAGAAUUUAUUUGGUACAAAAGUGGAAAAUGACGUUUGUGCAUGAAGGGAAGCGGAAUCAGUUGACAUUGCAACUUAAUAAGCUUGUAACACUUGUUUGAAUCAAGAGGCAUUUUGCCCUGAAACACCUAUUAAGUGUCUGCCCUUAUGAUGUUUGUGCAUGUGAAACCCUGAUGGCCUGUAAAUAUGGCCUGAAACACUGAGACACGCACACACAGGAGACAAUCUGCACGCCAGACACCUACUGUAUCAUACAGUAAGUACACAAACCCAUGAAUUAGUGUAGUUAAUACUGAUGCAACAAACCUUAAGGAGUAUUCAGACUCAAAGUAAGAGUGUUUAUAGAAAGUAAAAUAAAUACUUAGUCACAAACCUUUAGCUGAGUAUCCAUUAAAAGUGAAGAAGAGUUGAGCUUGAGUUUGUGGCCAAUUAAUAUGAUCAAUUUAGACUCAAAAAUUAAUAUAAGACACACCUGGACAUUUUAAAUUGCAGUACAGACAGAUAGCGACCUGUAGGAGUUUAAAUUUUAUACCAAUGUCAGUGUAAAGUAAUAGUCAAUGCUAUUACUUUGCUUCCUCGUGUCAGUAGUAAUAACAGACCAUGUGGUUUUGGUGCUUUAUGGACGUGACGUUGAUUCUCAGGAGUCAUAAGUAAAACACAGGCAGAUGUAUGAGAUGUUCAGAGGCGUUACCGCUAGAGCGAAACCUCCACAGUCAGUGUGUGUUUAACUAAUAAAACAUCUUCACUUAAAUGAAUAAGUAUUCAUUUGUUUUACCGGUCGGUUCCUCUGAUCUGCACAGGAAACAGCGUUUACAGCCACUUUGAUCUGUUUCUUGUCAGAUGAGGCGUCAACACAGAUGUGCGCGUUUGCACCUGAGCAGCUCAGUGUGACUUUUUCAAUAGUAACUGGUGUUUUUCUGAAUGCACUGUCAAAGGUUACACAACAUGUACAACACAGUCUGAGAUUGCAGGUUAGCGUGACUGCUUGUUAUGUUAUGUGUGUUCCAACAGUUUGUAGAUGCAUUAUGAGUCCACCUGGCUCCUCCCACUCGGGGUCUCUUUAUGACUCACGUUAUUCUAAUUACUAUGAUUAAUAUAUUAUUCUUAUUUCUUAAUCUUAUGAUUAAAUCUUUUUUUCAACCCUUUUUAGGCUGAGUCUGUGUCAGGCCCCAGUUUAGGAUGAACUUCAGCUUGUUAUUUUUUAUUCAUGUACAUACAAUAUAUAUUAGUUUUUUGGUCAAACAUAAAGGGCGGAAAUGUAAAGAUUUGUCUGGUAACUUUAUGUUAUGAUGAUAACAAACGUUACAAGGUCUGUGUGUGCUGAGUGUGAUGGUGAGCCAUGAAUUUAUGUCACAGAUUAGUUACAAAAUUAACAACAUCUUAGGCACAAGGCAAUAUUCUUAAUAGUUGGUAAAAAAGAUAAACAACAAGUAUCAAGUGUGAUACAUGAAGCUACAUUUUUACAACAAGGCCAAAAAUCUCUUACUUAAUUACAUCAGACAACAAAAUAAAACAUUCAUGCAGACAUACACAUUUUUGGACGAGUGAACAAAAAAUAUUGUUUUUGUGAUUUUUAUACUUGCCUAAUAUUCUUUCCCACAUUCUCUACCUCUAAAGCAAAUGUUCUGAACACCGGUGACUCAAUCAGAGGCUGCGCUGCACAAUGCUACAGAUCAACAGGAGCCAACGGCUAAUUUACAACCCAGCAGAAUCAGACUGAGCCACACACUCGUACCCCACAGACCCACUGCACUGUCAACAAAACACCAAAUCCAUCAGUCAUGUGACGAGGACGUAAAGCUGUUCAUCCUCAGUGCCAAUGGCAGGCCUUUCAGGAAGUGUGACAGAGAGUGGUGGUAGACGCGCGUUUACUGUACAUCAUCAGGUCACUUUGACUGCACCAUGACUUUAACUAAUAGUCAGGACUCCUACAUUGUUUAGGUAUUUAUAAACAUCCUGUUGCUGACUAACUACAGUAUUUUGAUAUUGUGUAAUAUUCCUGAUCCGCACACGUUUCUCUCUUUGUGUUUAGACAGAUUUACUGGUUGGGGCACAGCUAAGCUUUUGUAGCUGUACGUGUUCUAAUGAUGCUUCAGGCUUUACUCUCGCUAGAAGUUAUGGCUCCCUGUGCUUUUAUUUCUUCCUGUUUUUUAAUGGAUCUUUGUCUUUAGAGGGGCUGUUUCUAGCCCAGUCUCUGUUAUGUAGCUAUACGAGAUGCACAGCUUUGCUCUAAACAAGCGUUUUUUUCUUCUGCCUUUUUAAAAAACAAAGUGUUUUCCCUCUGA